GUAACUUUGAUAGGUAUUAUACCUUCGUUGGAAACGCACCAGCCGCUGACAGUUUCGUGGGCAGAUUUCACAGAGUGGUUCGUUGUAGCCAUGGAGUAUAAAAGACGCAAUGGUUCCCCUCUUAUGGGGGGUGUAUCUCAGGCUAAACGUGGUAAAACAGCAAGUGAAUGGGAGGACAGUCCAUCGCAGUUCGAAGAGGAGUUGUCCAUGUUUGAUGAAGCAGAGAUGGAGGGGGAGGAGAUGGAGGGACAGGCGGGACAUGAUGUUAUUCCCGUAGGUGACCUCUUCUCAACAAACAUUAACCCUCGCUGGCAGCGGCCUCAUGCUCCUACAGUGGACUCAUCAUCUGAUACUUUGGUGUUUCAGCAGAUUGACCUUGACUAUUAUUUAGGGCCUGCAGUGGCUGGCAUGCCUGGCCAGUUACAGGGAAAAGUCCCGAUUAUUCGGAUGUUUGGAGUGACAGACAGCGGCAACAGCGUUUGUUGCCACGUUCAUGGUUUUGCACCUUAUUUCUAUGUUCCAGCACCAAGUGGGUUCACAUCUGCUUUCCUGGGUGAUUUUAAAAGAGAGUUGAACUCUGUUGUUCUGAAGGACAUGCGCUCCAAUAAGGACAACAUCUCCAUCACAGUGUUGGCUGUGGACAUCACCCGCAAAGAGAACAUGUAUGGUUACCAUGGGAAACGCAUUAUGGAUUUCUUGAGGAUAACCAUGGCGAUGCCUCGUCUCAUUGCCCCCGCAAAGAGACUGCUGGAGCAGGGCUUUAAGUUUGGACCUUUCCCCAUCCAGAGUUACCAGUCGUAUGAGGCCAAUAUAGAUUUUGAAAUCAGGUUUAUGGUGGACAGUGAUGUGGUGGGAUGCUGCUGGAUUGAACUUCCCAAAGGCAAGUACAGGAUACGUGACGAGAAGAGCAUGGGGGGCACAGAUUCUCAGUACCCGGGCAAGGAGUCCUUGUGUCAGUAUGAGGUGGAUGUGGGAUGGACAGAUUUGAUAAGUCACCCAGCAGAGGGAGACUGGCAAAGGAUCGCACCACUCAGGGUCCUGAGCUUUGAUAUUGAAUGUGCAGGAAGAAAAGGAAUCUUCCCAGAGCCAGAUAAAGAUCCUGUGAUUCAGAUUGCAUCUAUGGUCCAGCGACAGGGUGAGACAGAGCCCUUCAUUCGCACAGUGUUCACCCUCCAGUCCUGCGCGAGCAUUGUGGGCUCUCAGAUAUUGUGUUUCGCACAAGAGAAACAGCUGCUGCAGAGCUGGGCGGAGUUUUUGAGGACAGUGGACCCAGACAUCAUCACAGGAUACAACAUUCAAAACUUUGACUUUCCUUACUUGCUCAACAGAGCUGCUGCUUUAAAGGUGAACCUGUUUCCCUACUUGGGCCGAGUACGAGGAAUCAAGUCAGUCUUGCGCGACCUAAACUUCCAGAGCAAGCAGAUGGGCCGCAGAGAGAACAAGACCGUUAACAUGGAGGGCCGGGUUCAGUUUGAUCUGCUGCAGGUGCUCCUCCGGGACUAUAAACUGCGCUCAUACACACUCAACGCUGUGAGUUUCCACUUCCUGCAAGAACAGAAGGAGGAUGUACAGCACUCCAUCAUCACUGAUCUGCAGAAUGGAAACGAACAGACUCGUAGACGUUUGGCUGUCUACUGCCUGAAAGACGCCUACCUCCCACUGCGCCUGCUGCAGAAGCUGAUGUGUGUGAUUAACUACAUGGAGAUGGCAAGAGUGACAGGUGUGCCUCUCACGUACCUGCUGUCAAGAGGACAGCAGAUCAAAGUCGUGUCUCAGCUGCUGCGACAGGCCAUGAAACAGGACUUGGUCAUGCCUGUUGUUAAGACAGAAGGAGGAGAAGACUACACUGGCGCCACUGUCAUUGAGCCAGAGAAAGGGUAUUACAGUGUCCCUAUUGCCACCCUGGAUUUCUCCUCCUUGUAUCCGUCCAUCAUGAUGGCUCACAAUCUGUGCUACACCACCCUGCUGCAGAGGGGCUCUGUAGAGAAACUAGGCUUGUCACCUGAGGACUUCAUCAAGACUCCGACUGGUGAUCUGUUUGUGAAGAGCUCGGUAAGGAAAGGACUUCUACCUGAGAUCCUGGAGAACCUGCUGUCUGCCAGAAAGAGGGCCAAAACAGAGCUGAAGAAGGAAACUGACCCUUUCAAGAAGCAGGUGCUGGAUGGCCGACAGCUGGCCCUCAAAAUCAGUGCAAACUCUGUCUAUGGCUUCACGGGUGCUCAGGUGGGCAAGCUGCCCUGCCUAGAGAUCUCCCAGAGCGUCACAGGUUUUGGAAGACAGAUGAUCGAGCAAACCAAACAGCUAGUGGAGUCAAAAUACAUUAUUUCCAAUGGUUACCAAGGUGAUGCCAAGGUAAUCUAUGGGGACACAGACUCUGUAAUGGUUAAGCUUGGAGUUGCAACAGUAAGGGAGGCGAUGGAUAUCGGGAGGGAGGCAGCGGAGUGGGUGUCGUCCCAUUUUACUCCGCCCAUCAAACUGGAGUUUGAGAAGGUGUACUACCCAUACCUGCUGAUUAACAAGAAGCGCUACGCAGGCCUGUAUUUCUCCUCCAGUGCACACACACAUGAGAAGAUGGACUGUAAAGGCAUUGAGACUGUCCGCAGAGACAACUGCCCUCUGGUGGCUAACCUCAUCAACACCUGUCUGCAGAGAAUCCUCAUAGACAGGGACCCGCAGGGUGCAGUGGCUCAUGCCAAAGAAGUGAUCUCAGACCUUCUGUGCAACCGCAUCGACAUCAGCCAGCUGGUCAUCACCAAGGAGCUAACGCGCACCGCCCAGGAGUACGCUGGCAAACAGGCACACGUGGAGCUGGCAGAGAGGAUGAGGAAAAGAGAUGCUGGCAGUGCCCCCAACCUGGGAGACCGAGUUCCAUAUGUCAUCAUCAAGGCUGCGAAGGGAGCAGCAGCGUACAUGAAGUCAGAGGACCCAAUCUAUGUGCUGGAAAACAACAUUCCCAUCGACACCCAAUACUACCUGGAACAGCAGCUGUCCAAGCCCCUGCUGAGAAUAUUUGAGCCCAUCCUGGGAGAGAGCAAGGCAGAGAGCGUCCUGCUCAAGGGUGACCACACACGCUGUAAGACGGUGUUGACCUCAAAGGUCGGGGGCCUCAUGGCAUUUGCCCAGAAGAGGAGCACCUGUAUCGGCUGCAAAGCUGUGCUCAAGACAGACACGGCUGUGUGUGAUUUCUGUAAGAAGAAGGAGUCUGAACUGUACCAAAAGGAGAUCUUUCACUUGAACACACUGGAGGAACGUUUCUCUCGUCUGUGGACUCAGUGUCAGCGUUGUCAAGGCUCCCUCCAUGAGGAUGUGCUCUGUACCAGCCGGGAUUGUCCCAUCUUCUACAUGAGGAAGAAGGUUCAGAAAGAUCUGGAUGACCAGAGUAAGCUGGUGUCUCGUUUUGGAUGGUGAGAAAAGGGGCACACAACACACUCUCAUUCCUCCUGUGCCUCAUUUCAGAUAACUUUGGACUCUCAUUGUUUUUCUACAUCUUUUAGUGCUGUGAAAAUGCAUAUAUAUCGCACUAUUUCUAAUAUGAAUAAAGUGACAAUAAGUAGUAUCUUUUUGUAAAAUAAAAUCAAAAAGCAAUCUAUUUGUUUUGGGCUUUCAGAUAUGAUCAUUACUUAUUUAACGAUGAUUACAAAAAUCCCUUUUGAAGUGGUUAAAAUUACACACAGGAUACUGAACCACACUGCCGUCAAACAUGGCAGACAGUAAAUGUACGUGACGUGUCCUGUGUGGGAAGAAGUUUGUAUGAACCUGCCUGUUCAGAUGUACGUUCCCCAAUCUUAAUUUGACAUCAAAGUAAAAGUGUGGAGUUUUACAGAAAUGAAAAGAGGAACUUGAUUGGCUUCCUCUUCAUCGUUAUUGUCUGACCUCAUAAACCACAUCCCUUCCCCUUCACUGAUUUGGUACAAAAACCCUGAUCUUCUUUAUGGUUUUAUGGAGAACACUGGGUGUAGUAUUUGCUCUUCCUUCUUGAAACAUGUGAAAAAGUAGAGGUCUGUAUAUGGAAGGUUUACAAAUCAGAUCUGGUGUAAACGCACCACAUUCUCUACUUGGUUUGUGUGUUUGACAAAAGUAACCAGUAAACACAUUGGAUAAACAAAACAGACCAGAUGUAAAAGCUACAGACAUUUACUUGUUCAUUAUACCAGAGUGCAUUACAGAUUUCAUAUGACUGUCAGUGGCUUCUUCAGAUCAAAUCAGUUACUCCAUAUUUUCACAAUGGAAUUACAUUGAGUCCAAAUGAUGACAGCCUGCUGGUUUUAUACCAAUGAACCAAAGAAAAUUAGGAAUCCGUCAUAGAUGGAUUCACUUCUGUUAGCACAAUACAACUCAGUUGAAGUUAGCUCACUGAACUUUGAUAUCAUUUUAGUAACUAUGUGGACAGCAGUUAGUUAAUGCAGAUGCUGGGUUUUUUUUUUAAAUUGGGAAAACUGUUUGUAAUGAUACAAAAAUAGAAAUUCAACCAUCCAUUAUAUUUACUAGUGAUGGUAAUUAUCAAAGACAAACACUGCUAUAAAAAACGGUUGCGCUACUGAAUAUGCUUAUAAUCAGAUACCAUGACUGUUGCUGUGAGACUAAGUUAAACACUGCUUUCAGUGGUUUCAUGUAUUACCACAUGAAUAUUUGCACACACUACAUUCUCUGGUAGAGUGUGGUGUAGCAUCAUCUGUGCUUUGACACAGUGACUUACAAUUUGAACCACCAACAACACUUGGACUGACAUAAUAAUUGCUUUAAAAAGUGGACUUUGGAAUACAGCGUGACUGUGUGGAGCAAACAGCAGGGCCAACACUUCAAAUGAUAAGUUAAUGGUGUAAAAUAUGGAAACAGGCAUCAGAUUUCAACCAAUCAUUUGACACAGCGCUCAGUCUGUUAUUCCUCAGUUCCUGAUAAAACACCAUAUUCCUGAGUAAACCUUUGAAAUGGCACUACCACUAAUUCAAAGUUCUACAAAAAUAAACAUAUGAUAGGAAAUGAAUAAAGUGCACCUAGGAAUCUGGAACACAAUUUUGAGGCUUUUGUUACUGUGGUGAUGCUAUCCUACUACAGCAUUUCCUGAACAUUCAAUCGAAAGCACAAGGUCUGAAGUGCAUGGCUCAAGUGCAUUUAGGGUGUGUCCAUAUCCACUUCCACUAUUUCAACAGCAGAAAAAACAGUCGCUGUGCCAGGCGCAUGAUUCAAAAGGCUUGUACUUAAACCAAAUCAGAGUGCCAUCUACCAUUCCCUUUAAAAGCCAGGUGUGCUUGCACCUUGACACAUUGCUAUUAUAAUGGCGCAGUUUUUCACACAAAAUUGGAGUCCAUUUGUGGUGACUGACCAGUGAGCCCAGUCCCAGCACAUGCACACAGCACGCUUGGGAAAGGAAAGGCUAAGCUAAUCAAUGCAUUGUGCACAGCUCUACAAAGAAGCAACGGCACAAAUCGGCACAGAGUUAGACAUCUUUUAUGUUAUAUUAUAAGAAGUGUAAAUACAUUUUCGGUCCAUUAUGAACCUGUGGUGGGACAAAUUUAGUCUAGGUGAUGAAUGGGAAACACUGGUGGAUUUACCAGGUAGUAAGACAGAACGCUUCUCUGCAGAGCCUUAUUUAUGUCCAAGAGGCAUCCAUAACACAUGGCAAAAUAUGCCACAAGGCAUGCUCUGUCCUUCUGAGGCUGUAUUGUGUUCCACCUGACAUAGCCAAACAUCUGAAGUGAACAGUUUGUGUGUAACAGGCAGCUGCUGUGUGUUGUACACUUGCCUAUCUAGGCACAUAUUACUCUCUUGAUGAUGCGCCCUUAAAAUAACAGUAAAAUACUUCACUGACUUCAGACCAGGUUUUUGUUGGUCAAUUGCGCAAUCGCUUUACGCUACCUUAAGAAAGCAAUGUGCCAACAAUGCGCCUGACCGCAUCAGAUGCGCAUGGAUGCUGAGAUGAGCGGAAGUGUAUUUGCUAUUUAAACAACGCGGGCACUGGACGGGAAAAUGACAACUGCCUCAGUCUGAAACUUGUGAAGACACUUGCGGUUCGCCUUGCGCCAGGUCUAAGAUAGGGCCCAUGGUCUUUGUGAGGGGGAAAAAAACCCCAACUAUCUAUUGUUUCAAAGACCAGAGGACAUGCCAACCUAUGGAAAAAAAAAACAGAAGGGGAAGAAGAAAAACAUCUGACUGGAGGCAAAACAGGAAAAAAGUAUCCAAGUCACUUGGAUACUGUUUUCUCAUGAAGUGUACAUUGAACAGCUUGUUACUGUGAGCCUUUGACCCCUAAGUUAAGAGGUGCUGAAAACACUGGCCGGACUAUUUAAGAUUAGAAAAAGUUAUCUGUAUGGACAACUUCUCAUGGAUUCUUGGAAAAAAAAAA